CAAGACACUCUAAUACAUGACCUAAGCUAAUGCUAAGUGCUAACCAAUAACUCUAAUCUAAACACACAUAAACAAUGCUAAAGCUAAACUAGCAUAAAGUAACAUAAAGUUUUACGCACAUCAACAUGUUUACGUGUUCACUGUGCAUAAUUGUGUAUAAUUGUGUGUGUGUGUGUGUGUGUGUGUGUGUGUGUGUGUGUGUGUGUGUAGGUGUGUGUAACGUGCACUUUGGCCAACAUACACUGUGGUAUUUAGAUACUGUUCACACAACAUGAUACACACCCGGAAAACUGUGUACCAGCUUUCACUAGCCGUCGUUCUCACGGGUGUGUGUAACCUCACAUGCACUCUGUCCAACAUAGUCUGCAGCAUUUAGAUACUGUACACACAACAUGAUACCCACCCGAAAAACUGUACCAACUGUGUACCAGCUUUUACUAGCCGCCGUUCUCACGGAAGUGGCAUGUGCACCAAAUCUGACCGUGUGGCAAACGCCAAGAAACAUCAGCGUGCUGUCGGGUGAUACGGUGAACAUCACCUGUCAUUUCAUACUAAAAGCUCCAGAUCGAGCAGAAGUAAAAGUGCGCUGGUGGAAACAUGAUAACACCUUUAACUUCACUCAGAAUUAUAACUAUUCUGAGGAUAAAGAAACCAGUUUAAAUAAAUCUGUCACACUGAAGAUCCAGUCAGUUGAUGUGGGGAACGGCGGGGUUUAUCACUGUACAGUGUUUCAGGAAGUCCCGACUCUCAGAAAAGGACGAGAUAAACAGGGAACAGAACUUACAGUGGUGUUUGUGGUACCCACCAACUCCAGCAUCAUCACCAGCAGCAGUCAGCACCAUGUGAUUAUAUGGACGUCAGUACUGAUCACCGUCUGCAUCAUAUCUGUUACUUACAUCAUUUCCAGAUGUCGUCACACAAGACAAAAACAAGAGAGAGAACAUCAGUCUGUUCAGGAUGAGGUUCUUUAUGCUAAACUGAACAUUCCCGAAUCUCAGGAGAGGAGAAACACACACGCUGUGAAUCAGACUCAGGAAGCUGAAACUACAUCAGAGGUUUUAUACUCAGAUAUUCGAGUGAAAUUCUGAAGUUAUUUCAGAAAUAAAAAACUGAUUUCUUCUAACUUCCAAAAAUAUGCAGUAGGUGGAUUGGCUGGAUCAGGUAAAUGAUGCCGUGCCAUGAAUUAAUGCCUGAUUAUGGGUGUGUUCAUAUUUUGUGCUUCCUUGUGGCUGCUGGACCCAUCAGGUCCCUGACCAGGAUGAAGCAGUUAGCGGAAAUGGAUGAAUGUAUGAUGUUCUACAUGAUGUAAACAUUAAUGAUGAUUGUUUGUUUAUUGUGACACCAGAAUGAUUAAAGUUCCAGCCAGUAAAAGGUUUUUUAUGGAGCUAAACAUGUUUUACUACAGAUUUUUAUUUUCUAAGUGUAACAUAGUGUUUUGUUUACAUUGUGUUUAUUGUAAAAGUUAGUAAUUCAUAUGAAAUAGUGCGACAAUUUGUUAAUCAGAUACAUUUUAUAUUUAUAAAAUUGUGGCCAAAAGUAUGUGGACGCCCCUGAUUACUGAGUUCAGGUGUAAAUUACUGGGUAAAUCAGGUGAAUUGUGUAAAACGAGGUUUAAUUUUACUGCUGCAGCUUCAAACAAACAAAAAUACCAAUAAAACCCACCAAGUUUAAUAACUGAAAUAAUUUAUUAGAAAGUUUUGAAAUGUUGGUCGUAAUUUUAGACAGUGAAGUUGAACAGGAGACGUGAUGAAAGACUCGUGGAGUUAUUGAACCCGAAUCGCUCGUCCUCGUCGUCUUAACGAUGAUAAAGUGAAGCCAUAA